AAGAAGGCAAGGAGGCGUCUCCUGUGCUCUCUAGGGCUGUGCCACCUGCCCGCUAGCUCGCCGCACUAACGCUGCCCACAAGCCAACAUGCUGCCGAGACUGGGCGGCCUCGGGCUGCCGCUGCUCCUGCCGUCGCUGCUGCUGUUGCUGCUGCUGGGCGCAGGCGGCUGCGGCCCCGGGGUACGCGCCGAGGUGCUGUUCCGCUGCCCUCCCUGCACUCUAGAGCGUCUGGCCUCCUGCGGACCCCCACCCGACGGGCCCUGCGCCGAGCUGGUGAGAGAGCCGGGUUGCGGCUGCUGCCCGGUGUGCGCACGGCAGGAGGGCGAAGCUUGCGGCGUCUACCUCCCGCGCUGCGCCCAGUCGCUACGCUGCUACCCUAACCCGGGCUCCGAGCUGCCCCUGAAGGCGCUGGUCACCGGCGCGGGUACCUGUGAAAAGAGUCGCAUGGGCGCCACCCCUCAGCAGGUAGCAGACAACGGUGAUGAGCACUCUGAGGGAGGCCUGGUGGAGAACCACGUGGAUGGGAACAUAAACCUGCUGGGCGGCGGAAGCAGCGCUGGCCGGAAGCCCCUCAAGUCAGGGAUGAAGGAGCUGGCUGUGUUCCGGGAGAAGGUCAACGAACAGCAUCGGCAGAUGGGCAAAGGUGGCAAACACCUCAGCCUGGAGGAGCCCAAGAAGCUGCGGCCACCUCCUGCCAGGACCCCUUGCCAACAGGAACUGGAUCAGGUCCUGGAGCGUAUCUCCACCAUGCGCCUUCCAGAUGAUCGAGGUCCCCUGGAGCACCUCUACUCCUUGCAUAUCCCCAACUGUGACAAGCAUGGCCUGUACAACCUUAAACAAUGCAAGAUGUCUCUGAAUGGACAACGCGGGGAGUGCUGGUGUGUGAACCCCAAUACUGGGAAGCUGAUCCAAGGAGCCCCCACCAUCCGGGGAGACCCCCAGUGCCAUCUCUUCUACAAUGAGCAGCAGGAGACUGGUGGGGUUCACGCCCAGAGGGUGCAGUAAAGCACAGCCAAUCGGUGCUUGCCUAACCCCCACCCCCAAACACCAGCAGAAGUGGAGCGCGCCUGGGUAAUGGGUCUGGGGGAUUUCCCAGUUUUGACACAUGUAUUUAUAUUUGGAAAGAGACCAACACUGAGCUCAGAAGCACCCCCCCAUCCUCCCCGACCCCCAGCUGCAAAUAA